AUGGCAGGGAGAGAUACUAUUGAGGUUGUCAUUCCACGGCAACCUCAACAUCACUCCAAUUCCAGACAACUCACCGUGGACGAGGCUUUGCAAUAUACUCCCAUGACUACAUCCAUUCUACCUGCGCAUGACCGCAUUCUUAUACCGCAGUUGAGCCGCUCGAGUGAUAUACGUCUCACCACUUCGGCCGAACGUCAGGCUGCAUACGGCGCCGAGUGUUACUCUCCCAAAGUCAAAGAGCGACUUGCCGUCUUGUUAGAUCCUAACCGCCUUUCAGAAAUAAAAUUCAAGCAUCAUCCUGUUCAAGAUAACGCCGGAACCAAACUUGAUUUGAAUCCGAUACAAGAGAUGGUUUUGAAGAUGACCAAGAUCGACUACACCUAUCCUUCUACAGAUCCAUCUCAGCCUCCUGUUCGGAGAACAGACACCAAGAAAGCUUUGCAAAAGCCGGCCGGUGCUAGAGUCGUGGUUGAAAUCCCCCGGCCACCUUCAUCUUUCCGCCGGGAUGACUACGCUGCCAUACAGGAUUCACCCAAACGACAGAAAGUGAGCGAUUCUCAGGUGAAUGGCCAGAUGGCUUUGGCUAUCAGCUCUAAGAAGGAGAAAGCUGUCCUCCUGUUGGCAAACUUUGAAAACCAACUCAUAGAGAUUUUCGAGAUUCAAGAUCGGUUGGCUUCGGAUCCCUCAGCCUCGUCAUCAGCCGGACCUAUCCAUGCGAUUUUCGACUUAUCCCAUGAUAAGGAUGAUGCAGAGCCACGUUUGGCAAUUCCAUUACAAGAAAAAUUGCAGGCAAUCUUGGGUCAGCUCGUCUCGUCUGACUGUCUAGGUGACGCAUCUUCGGAACAUCUUCAGCGGCUGCAAGGACUAUGUGAACCUGCAAUUGAGGCCGCACAGUCGAUCAAUUUGAAAAUCCCCUCUGAUCCAUCUGAUGAAGAUAUCGCAAUCUGGCUGUCAAAAUUGCACAGAGCAGAAAAUGGAGCGUUCUCGGCUUGUACAUUGAUUUACACUGUUCUGGGUGCAUCCCAGAACGAAGACCUUAUCAACCUGGAGGUUCUUCAAUGGCUUCCAAACGUUCUGGUGAAUCUGUUUGAGAACUGUCUGAUACCGAUCGUUGAAGCUCGACCAGAUGGACCUGACAGCCGAUUAUUCGAGCUCUCCUCGGCAAACAGCGACUCUCUAAAGAGGCUACUCGAUGUCGGCCGGAAGCUCCUGGACCUUGUUUCGAAGGUGUGUGUGCAGAUCAAAGGCGCCGGAUCUAUUGUCAACUCCACUGAAUUCCUCGCAUCGAAGCUCAUUUUCGUUCAAAAUGCUUACCACGACAAAGCAUCGGCGUUAGGCUCCCAAUCAUAUGAACGAUUGAGGAAGCAGGCUAUGGCAGCGCUUGCUCAACUGUACGCUGCAUUUCCUCCCGAGAGAGGAGCGAUUCUGGAUGAAGUCUUGACAUCCUUGGACAAACUACCCUCCAACAGUCGAAGUGCGAGACAGUAUAAGCUGGGGAAUGGCAAAAAUAUUCAACUCGUUUCAGCACUGUUCAUGCAGCUUGUUCAGACACCAGCUAUGCAAUCACGAAGGAGUGAAACACAUAAAAGGCGCCGUCUACACCGAAAUCGCCCGGGAGAUUCAGAAGGCUCGGAUGAUGAAGACUCAGCCAACGAUAUGGAGGCGGAUUUAACGAUAAAUUCAGAUCAAAAUGAAUCUGAUCCUCUUCCGAAGUUAACUCAAACCGCGGAUAAUCUUUUCGAUGAUGCUUUCAAAAGUGCUCAACAGAUUGUGGGAUGGAUGGUUGACAAGGCCUCGAAGGUUACCAAGACUGGCGACUCACCUUACCGCAACAUCCUUGAUCUCUUCGUUGAGGAUCUCACCGUAGUCCUUCCAUCGAUAGACUGGCCGGCUUCAGAGCUGCUACUUACCGUGUUGGCUCUGCGGAUGAUAGCUCUUGCUAAGAAUGACAAGGCAGCUUCUACCAAAAACAUGGCUCUGGAAUCUCUCGGACUGAUGGGUUCUGCAAUUUCCGUGACACGAGCAUCUGCACGGAAUCUACUGUCAUCGAUUCUACGGGAUGGAGAAUCAAAUUCUGUCGGCCAAGCUCUUUCAGAUCGUGUCAAGGACCGAGCCCAUUUUUUUCUGGAGAACAGCGAGCUCAUCUCUUCGAACGGUCCCUUCUCAAUCGUGCAUUCAUAUCUGAAUUCCAAGAGCAGAGAGAGCUUGAGGACGAAGUCCGCGAAAGCUUUCUUUCUUGUACAAUACGCCACCUUGAUUUCUCGAACGCUGAAAGGACCGCAUGAUGCAGAACGUGAAAUCGAGUUGGAUUCGAAGUUGGCAGCUACUGUGUCGGCGAUCCUUCAACAGCUCUCCGAACCAGAUGAGUACCAUGAUGUAUCUGAUGAUAUCGGCGCAGUCACAAACCAAGAAGCUCAGUUGGCGUAUAUGCUGAGUAUUCUCAAUAUGCGGUUCUGUCGACGUUUCCCGGACAUCGCUAAAACUCUCGCCUCAUCCCUUUCAAGUGAUCAAGCUCAGGUACGAAGUCGCAGCUUAAAGAGCGUGGUAACCAUUCUGGAGACCGAUUCAAGCCUUCUUGACUGGGAUCCCACCAUAGCGGACGAUGUCUUCAAGUGUGCGUCCGAUGAUUCCUCAUUAGUAAGAGAUUCGGCGUUGUCUUUGAUCGCCAAAUUCAUCAUGCCUAGACCAGCACUUGAGGAAAAGGCAUUCAGACGGCUCCUGAAAUGCGCUGUUGACGCCAAUGUCAGCGUUCAGAAACGCGCCAUGGGACAUUUAAAAGAGAUAUAUCUCAAGGAGUCGAGACAGAACAUGAAGACGACCAUUGCCAUUGAAUUCCUCCGACGAACCGCUGAUCAUGAAAGUUCUGUGGCCGACCUCGCCAAUAAGACCUUGUCAGAUAUCUGGGUUGCUCCAAAGUUGACCUUCUUGACCCAUGCCGGCGAAUCAGCUCAGGCUGAGGUCGCUAUCGAAGAUCUGAAAACUCAUAUUGUCGGAUGCGUCAAUAGCGACACUGCUGCACUGGCGCCAGUGCUCAAAGACUUCCUGAUAUGGAAGCUGAAAGAUGCCAAAAAUGCCGACCAAGUCCAGGAUCUUUAUGCGCGGAUAGUCAAAAGACUCUUGGAUACUGCGAAUGGUUCCGAAGCAGGACCAGCAGACUUGACCACCCUUGUGGCAUUCGCAGAAGCUCGGCCGCAAACUGUGGUACCGGGAGACUUGACAAGCCUGAAGAGUUACCUGAAAGAUCUAUCCAAGUCUGACAACAUUCUAAAAUUCAAAUCGGUGGUCGCUAUCUUUCGCUGUGUGCUCCCUCAGUUGUCGAGCACCCAAGCCCCUCUCCUAAAAGAAGUUCAAUUGGAUCUCAUGAAGGCCGCCAAAAGCCUUGUCCGUCGGCAGGAGUUGGAAGAGGUGAUGUCUUGCUUGAGAAGCAUUGAUGGCGUCCUCCGCAACACGGGGAGGAUUGUUGCAUUCACCAUAUCAAUCUUGCAAAAUGUGCUGCAGCCUCAGAUCGCUCCCCCGCUGAAAGAGAAAUUGACAAAGGAAAACCAAUUGAGCGAGAUUCAAGCGAGGGAGAAUAAAGCGCGGGAACAGUCCCUGCGUCUCGCUGGCACCGUUGCAAAACAUAUCGACCUGGAAAGUUUUCGAAAGAGUUUCCAAGCCGACUUUCCCACGUUCAAAAGUGGGUCAGUCGCCGGCUUCAUCGCCGAUAGCAUCGUGCCUUUUACGCUCAGAACUUCACCCGUUGAAGUUCGAUUGAAAGCAUUGGAGAGUCUGGGUUUGAUUUGUCAAGCCUGGCCGGGACAGUUUAACAAAAAGCAUGUUCGUCAAACAUUUUUCGAAGUCCUGGAUGGACCUUCAUCCGCCACCAUUCAGGAGAACGACAUCUCGAGGAUGCAGCUGAUGGUGCUUGGGAUAUUUGAAGAGCUCUAUGGAAUGCGUGCCAGUGCAAAGGACGAAAUGAAUAAAGCUGAAGGGGACACUGAUGUUCAAGCGCUAAAGAACAUCGGAGGAGACAGCAAAACUCGCGAAGACGACAGUGCCAUUUCUAUCAUCACCAACCCUCUGGUGGAUCAUUUACUCCGGAUUGUGAUGGGCGAAACCGGGGAGAAAGCAUUGCUUGCCGCAAAGACUCUGGCUAGUAUCGAUCACCAGGGAAUGACACAUCCGAAGCAAAGCACUUCAGCUUUUGUAGCGCUGGAGACCAGUACGGACUCCAGGGUGUCUGAAGUGGCCAGAGUUGCUCAUGAGCAUCUCCAUCAACAGCACGAAUCGGUUUGCGAAAGAGAGUACAUUCAUGCCGUUUUCGAUGCAUUUCGAUAUCAAAACGAGGUAUUCCACGAUCCCCGUGGGGGUGUCUUCCCCGGAUUCCGAUCCAAACUGUCAGCAGCCUUUGCGAUUAUCAGCAGCAGUGGGUCGAAGUAUGUGAAGAAAUUCCUCAGCAAUCUAAUCACGAAACUCAACACGGAGAUCUUAAAGUUGAAUCUGGGCGACAAGGACAUUCCUGAGCAUCUCUUGUUUGUCCUGUUUGUGACCCAGAAUCUCGCAUUCUUCGAGUAUAAGAAGAUGGACGAACUGCUCCAUACUGUGCUGCAACUGGAAUUGGCAUUCGGAAAGAGUGGGGUGGAAACGGCACAGGCCAUUGAGACCCAUAUUCGCCGAGAGGUGGUCAACCAGGCUCCGGCUAACGAAAGAGAUGACUCUGUGCCAAUCGAUCCAAUCACCAUACAGCCGCCUAUUGAUCCAGCGCCGCUGAGGAGAUUGGCAACUGCGGCUUGCGCAAUUACCUUGAUUUCCGAAGCUAGGAAUUUCCUCAAGAGGCAAUAUGGCAUAUCCCGGGAUGUCAAAAUGGCCAUGCAGCAAAACAAACAAACAAAAGAAUCGAGCAAAGAACCAGUAAAGGUUCACGGAAUCACCGGAGACAAGUUUUGGACCACGACCAACUCAAUAUUAGCAUCUCUCAGCAGUGCCCAAGCAAUGAUUGAGCGAUGCAGGGAGUUUGUUACGCUUGUGGCAGUGGAUGAUGAGGUGAAGAUCGCAGAAGAGGAAGGAGAAGUGUAUGCGAUGGACAUGGCACCCGAGGCAAGCAUGAGCGCACCACGAGGGAAGAAGCGCAAGAGUAUGAAUGGAUCGGUUGGGGGUACGCCAAAGAAGCCUCGCGGCCGACCGCCAAAGAACGCAGGUGGAAGACGCUCAUCAAGUAUAUCUUCGCUGGAUGAUCCGGAUGGCGACUUUGCUGAGUGA